CGAUAGCCGGGAUGAUCGAACAUGAAAACACACUCAUGGAGGAAACAGCGCAUUGAGAGAUGGAGAGUCGUGAUGUGGAGGAGCAGCUGAGGACCACACUGCACUGUGAUGAUAAAGAGAAGCUCCGUAGGAAGUUGGCCCUGUUAAAAAGGGAAUAUCUCAGAACAGCCCAGCGACUACAGCGUGCAGAGCGUCUGGAAGGAGUGCGCCGACAUGUGAGGAGCAGAAUCUCACAGGAGAACCUCCAGGACCAGAGGGACCCAGAGGAGACGUCUAAACAGAGUCUCAGUCCAGGGAGACUGAACGGCGCCGAUGCAACGACCCCAGAUAAAGUUCAGUGCCCGGGACAAUCUGAAGGUCCAUCAGACUCUGAAAACUUGAGGAGGAGCCAGGUGAUCAGGUUCCUGCUUCCCUCUGAUGCUGAUUGCCCACAAACGCCCGAUCCCAUCCACGAUGCAGUCAGAGGUCACAGAUCCAGUCCUGCCCUGCGCCUCAGGUCUCGCCGCAGCCGUCUGCUCUGGGAGAGGAGGAGCGCGGAGGUUUGCAGGAUCACUGACGACAGGGAGGAGGUGCAGGAGCAGAGUGACCAGCUGGAGAGGGUCGGAACAAUAGCAGGGGAGGAAAAAAUCCAUUCUGAAGAGGCAGUGAAAAUCAAGUCCGAAGAGUCCGAGGUGGUGAAUGAAAGUGAAGAGUUAUUUUCUUCUUCAGAAUCCGAUUCUCCUUCUCUGCUGCUAACACACUGGAAAACACAUGCACACACUGAAACGGGGGAGACAGAGGGAAAGGAGAUAAGAGAAGAUGAUGAACAAAGGGAAAAAGAGGACGAGGCGACUACUGAUGGAACAAAAGAAUCAGAGUCGACUUCUUUGCUGCUUCAAUGUCAGAACUCUGCUGUACAAAGUGAAGAAAAGGGACGAGAUCGAACACUAAAUGGAGAAAGAGAGGAGGCAGUCAGUGGUGAGAAUAGUAGAGGACAGAGAGAAACAACACGUUCUGUAGUGAACCAUCAUAAAAACAUGGAAGAAACAACAACUGGGAAAAUAGAAACUGAAAAAAUGCACGAUGACAUUAUGGAAAUAAAAGAAGAAAAGAAUCUCUUGGACUCCUGCACUCUAGUGGAAGGACUACUUUUCCCAGUGGAGUACUACGUCCGGACCACAAGGCGUAUGUCGUCCUCGCAGAGUCAACCUGACAUGCAGGCCGUCCUCCUGUCCCAGCUGAGCGCGGGACGACCACGCCGGGGACGGGGACGGGGCAGAGGAUCGAACAGACACACACACACCAGGGAGUGCUCAGAUCUAAACUCACAGGAAGAUUUCUCCUCUCUGACAAAUGCAUCUACAGAUCCUCCUGAGAUUUCACAUGUGUGUACUGUUGAUGCAUCUGCUGAGCUUUCUGCUAACAGCCAGAGGUCCAGUGAGAUUUCAGGUAAAAGUCAGAACGGCGUGGAUGCGUCUUACUCACCUGCAGUCAGCGCGACGCAUCCAGGAGCCGGGAGGAGGAGGAGGGGCAGGAGAAGAGGCCGGGGCAGAGGGAGAAGUCAAACUCCAAGAUCUAUUAAGUGUUUAGACAUCGUUCAGAUGGAAACCUCAGAGGAUCCUCUACCCACCCUCACCCCGCUCUCCUCCUCCCCCCCAUCGCCCCGUGCCCCUGAUGGACUGAAGCCUCGUCUCCCUCCCCAGGAACCUGUCCUUCUGUCAGAUGACGACAGGCCUGUGUCCACCUGCCACGCGGGGACCCAGCCCCCCCCCGGGGUUAACGGAGCUCAGUGUAGUCCUGCUUCCAGACACCUGCACAGGAUCUAUCCCAUGUUCCUGAUGAACAACACGCCCUCACAGAGUAGAGGUGCAUCCAGCUGGCGAUCUCUCCUCUUGCCUUCCUCUCCACUCUCCCAGACGUCCCUCUUUCCUCUCCCGUCUCCAUCCACCGGUUCACUGUUCAACAGCCUCAUGACUUUCGACAUGCACCAAGACUUUCAUCUCCCUGACGAUCAGUUUGCGUCUCUGAAGCUACACAAGCUCCGGCAGGUCGCUGUUGAAUCAGGAGUUGAACUUUUCACCUCCCCCUCUUAUAACACUCGCAGCCGCCUCCCUCGCUCUUACCCUUGCUACAGCACCAGUGAGCCAGUGGUGCCACUUUCUCUCCCACUCAGCCUCACCCCGACAGUUUCAAUGGAAGAAACCCCGGCGUGUGUGGACGUCCAAAACCUGCCGACAGAUUCCAAGCUUGUAGACGAGUCCUUAGCUGAAGAUUCAUCCAACCCAGAUAAAACAGAACCCCCUGGAGAACAACAGACUGAAAAACACGAUGCAAAGACUCACACCAGCUCGACAGAAACUGUGUCAGUGGCUCAAGAAAGUCCUGCCGUCUGUGAAGAUGACAGUAAAAAGCAGGAUACUGUGGAUACCCACAGCCGGAGCAACACACACAGAUCUAUAGACGACAGUGUCAAACCUCAGCCUUACAUGAACUGUGCAGACGGUCCUGCAGGCAAAGUGGAUGGUUGUGUAGCUGAGCCGUCAAAUGAACUGAAAAUAAAACAGCCUGCAUCAGAAACAGACGCGUAUUGUUCUGGUGAAGUUUGUUCUGAGGAGGAUCAGACGUCCACAAACCACCGAAGAGAAGACGGAGCUGUCAUCAAGACUCUGUGCUUCGAGUGUCCACCGGAGGAAUCAGCUGAGGAGGCGUCUGACAGCCGCCCUGCUGCACAGACACGUGAUGACUCCGACUCUCCUGUGAAGCAUCGGACAUCAGAGGAAUCCUCCGAACCCCCCACUCGUCCUCCCAGAGACAGAUCAGGGAUAAGAACCAGUCAGAAGUCUUCACCACACCCCAGAGUCCACUCCCAGUUGCUGUUGAGUCCUCCGCUGACCUCAGCCAGCUGCCCCUUCGCACCCCCUCACCUGCCCUCCUCAGCCCUCCUCUCCAGCCCCACGCUGCCCUCCCUAGGACUCACCCCCUGCCCUGUUUCCGCCGGCCUCCCCCUGACCUCCUCUCCCUCUGCCCCGCCUCUCACCCUACCUCCUCCUCACAGCCCAGCAACCCACCCUCUCUCUCCUCCGGCUCUGUGUCCCUGUCCGUCCAUAACGUCCCUCCCUCCCAGCCGGCCUCUAGUCUCCCGCUCCAGUCAGGACAGGGCUUCAUCACAAGUGGCAGCCGAUCGUCAUCCCAGCGUUGAGCCAGCAACCCUUGCCACAGCAUCCAGCUUCCAGGCCCGAGGCAGAGCCGGGCAGGAGGGAGAGAGAAUGGAGGAGACUGCAGAGCAACAUGUGAUAACACACACUCUGAAGGCCCCAGCAGGCGGCUGUCUGGUGGACACGUGCUGUCUGCCGGGACCCUCGGGGGGGUUGUGUGUAGCGGCAGCAGGAAAGUGGGCUGUGUGUCUGUGGAGUCAGACCCCAGCAUCUGACUGGAGCUUAACACACACCUGGACCUUCAACUACCGGGUGAUCAAUGUGGUUCCUGUCCCCGAUGCCUCUGGGCUGAUGUUUGUGACUUUGGGUCAGCUGGAAAUCAGAGAAGUGAGGGUGCUCUCCUGCUCCAGCCUCACCCAGGUGCUGCUGUGUGAGGGGGUGGUCCAGGUCGUUGUAGGCGUGUCCGGGUCCAGAGUGGUUACCUCCUCCCACUCAGCGACGGGUUCAACCCUGCGGGUGUUUAACGUCUCAGACGACAACAGCGUGUGGAGCUCUCAGCCUCUGGAGUCUCCCGGUGUGUGCGUCGGGGCCCUCGCUCCAGUGGACGGACUCUCGGAUGCUCUGAUUGGCACAGAUGAGGGUGGGCGUGUCUUUGUCUGGAAUCUGAAGAGCGGCCAGCUGCUGCGUAGCAUCGUCCUCGGAGACGGUUUGUCGCACACAGCCUGUCUCCGGGGAUACUCCCACUGUGGAGUGUUGUUUGUCCUGCUACAGCAUCAGCUGCUCAGCUCCCCGGAGGAAGGAGGAAUGGAGGCCAAAGCAAAAGACGAGCUGUUUUCUGAAGAGGACAGGAAGAAGACGGCCUUGUUCUCAUUGGUCGCUGUUAACCCUCUGACGGGCAAAUCAACGCUGGCUACUCGACUGUUCCCCCCCAAAGCCUGGUCCGGCAGACUGUGUGAAGCCGAUGUCAACCGCUCCAGCGUGGUCGGCCUGAGUCAGAGCGGCUGUGUGUGCGUGUGGGAGCUCGGGCGUCCGGGGGCCUCGAGGAUGGUGUGGGCCCCCGAGAGCGAGGGCUGGCAGCUGGCCCGUUGGGGGGGGCCAGACAUGCUGGUGACCGGCCAUCACAAAGGAGAUGUCACUGUACACUGCUACAGCAAAACAUAGACUCGUGCAGUGGCUUUUAUCAAACGCUGAAGUCUUUAUGUCACCGUUUGAAUGUUGUCAUAGGUUUUAACAUGGUGUCGGUUUAGAGACACACGUGUGUUCAUUCUAUUCAAUCCUGAGUUUAAUGCAAAGUUUUUCUGUGGUUUCAUUUACAGACAUUUCAGUUUGGCAAAGUUCAAGCAAUUCGGUUACUAUAAAGUCUUUGGGCCACAGCUCUACGAUAUGAGGAUUCACGCACUGUAAACUGAAUACAUCCCAUAAGUCAGUGGCCAGUUAGUGAAGCUCUGAAGACGCAGUGAUUGUUUUCAUCUAGCCUGUGGAAAUAUUGUUUUUGAAACACCAGUAUUGGAUGUCUCUUCACUGUGUGUGUGUGUGUGUGUGUGUGUGUG